UCCCCGUGACGUUUACACGUCGAUUCAAACCUUUCUUUUUUUCUCACAUGUGACUUUGACUUGUGUUGUGACUGUAAGUUAGCAGUUACUUAUAUAGGGUUUUAGUGAUGCACUAUGUGCUUCAAUGAAGAAGCAACAAUCUAGAAUAAACGCAGAGACAGUUCCGGCUACAUAAUGUUUUCCUUGUGCCGCCGUUACAAAGAUGAAAACGAACAUGGAGGAACACAAAUCAAAGGAGGGUACAUGUUACGAUAUAAACGAAAGUACUUGUGGAACUCGUGGUCCGAGGAAUGGGUAGUGCUAUAUGAUGAUUCAACUAUGGCUUGGUUUAAGGAUGCAUCAGGAAAAUGCAUGGCAACACAAAAGCAACUUGUUAAGGAAAGUCCGGAAAUGCUGGCAAUUGCGACCUGGACAGGGCAAGUGCCGCAAAGACCACCUCUGCCUCCAGGAGCAAAAUUAUCACAGCUCAUGGCUUUGGGGUCUCGAAAAGACCCCGGUCGGGUUGUAUGGAUGCUUGCUAAGUCGGAUGCCGAAAUGAGAGAAUGGAUGGCUGCAAUAUCAAAGACCUUGCCUCCGCCGCCUCACAUCGAGCUGGUGAUGUCCAUGCCGUACCUUCGUACUGCCUUCAAGAGACCGACUGUCCGAGUGCGACCAACACCGGAGUUGUACAGUCGUAAUGGUCGCAAUGCGUUCGGAGCUCUCGACGGUCGUGGACUAGUUGCGGUCAUCAAGCGACAGGUGCCAUUGGCUGGGCAGUUGAAUCACGAGCUUGCUUGGGGACAGGGUUGGGGCUGGGUCACGUUACCCAACGGUGUCUGGAGUGGACGAUUAACUUGGUCCCAGGAUGGUGAGGACUUUGCUCUUCACGCAAUGCCUAUUAUGCACCACUCCAACGUCUCAGAAGCUUGCUCCAUGCUGGACGGAGUGACAGCUUACGAGGCCUCCGCGUACGAUCAAGCUCUUGCUGAAUACGAUGACACCGCUACUGUCUCUGAUGAUUGGGAUUUCAGCGUUGAUUGCGGAGAUUUUAUGAUGUAAAGGAAAUAUUGAUGGUUCAAACGAAACCCUUUUUGUUCGUUCUUAAGAGGAAAAACCAUGUAAAGAGUGAUGAGUUAGCCUUAACUGAAUGCGGAAUGUAUAAAGAUUUUUUUAAUGGGUGAUUAUCAUGCAGUUAAACUAUUGAUUUUGUGAAGUUGGAUAUUUUUUUAUUUAGUUCGACUUUAGGUAAACUGAAAACGUUAUACAUAUUUGACACACGAUAUAUUUGUUAAAUUAUUAUUUUUUCGUAAUUGCUCAAUGUGCUGGUCACAGAACUUGAAACUGAUGUGCCAAUUAUUAAAAGAAAUCUAUGAUGAAAUUGUGGAAGCGUCUUAUGACUUUUAUACCUUUUAGGGUAAUAAACGCGAGAGAAUAUUAAUGACACAAUAUCGAUUGAUUCAAUACUAGUUGCAUGCUCUAUAGUUACGGUGUCAUAGAUAUGUGUUUAGACCAUAGUUUACUAUACAGCCUACAAAGGGCAACCUUAGAAUAGAAUAGAACUCCGAGCACUAUAGUCUCCUAUUUAAGCAUAUUUUAUACCAUUUAUAUUGCCAUAUGUUUUUAAAUAUCUUCCUUUUUAUACUAUUUGUAACUAUUAUUUGGUGUUCAGCAAAUUUCUCGGAAAUUUUUGGAUUUUUUAUAAGCCACGUAACCAGGGUAAGAAAACUUAUAAUCCCGAUGAAUUUAAAUAUUCAAUUGUAACAAAAGAUAAAUUGCAUUGUGUCUGUAUUUUUUUAUUUUUAUAGAAUAGGUGACUUGCUUGAUCCCCGUAAACACCAAUUAAAACUGUAGUAAAAUAUAUAUUUUAGAUGUAAGUGAAAAUCGGUGUUAGGAUGUAGUAUAUACGUGGUCGGUAGUUAUUUAA